AUGCGCGGCCGAUGGCUCUUACCGUUGGCAUUGGGCUCUCUCGGAGCUCGUGCUCUUCGCUAUGAUGGAAGAUAUGUCGAGUGGAAUCUGAAUAUGGCACAGGAUGCCACAGAUCCGUUGGAUUACUAUACAGUCUAUGAUAACCACACCUACCAUCCUUCUCCGGACAACUGGCGUUUCCCGUUUUACAGUUUCUUCAUGGACCGAUUCGUGAACGGAGAUCCAAGCAAUGAUAAUAUUAACGGUACUGCAUGGGAACACGAUAUCUAUGGUACGCAACUGCGUCACGGUGGUGACACCGAAGGCGUGCGGGAUACGCUAGAUUAUCUUCAAGGAAUGGGCAUCAAGGGUAUCUACCUUGCUGGCAGUGUCUUUUAUAACUUCCCCUGGAUGGCAGACACUUACAGCCCUCUGGACCACACUUACUUGGACGCUCACUUCGGUACCAUUGCUCAAUGGAGAGACUUGAUCAACGAUAUCCACUCGCGUGGCAUGUACGUCCUGCUCGACAACACCAUGGCAACUAUGAGCGAUGUCAUAGCGUUCGAAGGAUUCUACAACAGCAGCACACCCUGGUCUUUCAAAGAGCACACGGCAGUUUGGAAGUCUGGCGAAAGGUACCAAGAUUGGGAGUUCAAUAACGAGUGGCAUGAGGAAUGUCCUUACGAGUAUCCGCGCUUCUGGGAUCAGGGAGGUGCUUUGGUCCAGGAUGAGAACACCACCAAAAUGAUUGGAUGUAUGGACAGCGAGUUCGACCAAUAUGGCGAUGUCGGUGCCUUCGGACAGUACCCUGAGUGGCAGAAACAGCUUUCUAAGUUCAAUGGCGUUCAAGACCGCCUACGCGACUGGCGCCCGUCAGUACAGACGAAGCUUCAGCACUUCAUGUGUAUGAUGCUCAAAGCUCUCGACUUCGAUGGCUUCCGUAUCGACAAGGCUAUGCAGGUUACCGUUGAUGGUCAAGGUAACUUCUCUCACGCCAUGCGCGAGUGCGCUGCGAGCAUCGGAAAAUACAACUUCUUCAUCCCUGGUGAAAUCGUCAACGGUAAUGCUAACGGCGCCAUCUACAUUGGACGAGGCAAAGAACCCGACAUGCAAGUAGAAAACUUGACCGAGGCAGCGACCACUAACACGACUUACAUCCGCGACGACAGCCAUCAGGCCUUGGAUGCCGGUGCUUUCCACUACACUAUCUACCGUGGCCUGAUGAGAUUUCUCGGACUUGACGGCAACCUACUUGCUGCCUCAGAUGCACCCGUUAAUUUCGUCGAUGCAUGGCACGUCAUGGUACAGACCAACGACUUUGUCAAUGCCAACAACGGCAAAUUCGACCCGCGCCACAUGUAUGGUGUAUCUAACCAGGAUGUUUUAAGAUGGCCUGGGCUUAUCAAUGGUACCGAGAGACAGGUUCUGGGGUCCUUCGUCAAUACCCUUGUGGUACCUGGUAUCUCUAUGGUCUCCUGGGGCGAAGAACAGCUUUUUUACGUUCUAGACAAUACCGCUACCAACUACAUCUACGGCCGACAGUCUAUGAGCUCGGCACAAGCUUGGCAAAUGCACGGCUGCUUCAAACUUGACAAUAUCAAUUUGAGCAAUUGGCCAGUCAACAGUUCUACGGUUGGGUGUCAGGAUGACGCAGUGUCUCUUGAUCACCGUGAUCCGACGCAUCCUAUGUACAACUAUCUCAAGUCCGGGCACCAGCUAAGACGACGAUACCCUGUCCUCAAUGAUGGCUUCGAUGUUCGUCAGCUAUCUAACCAGACCUUCCACUACUACCUGAACGGUUCAUUUGGUGUGCCAACUGAAACUGGUAUCUGGAGUAUCUAUCGCGGAGAAAUGGAGGGCGCGCAAGACCUCUCCGAUGCUGGAGGCCAUGGUAAUCAACCCGUUUGGCUUGUCAUGAGCAACUACAACGGCUCUAGAAACUACACAUUCGACUGCAGCAGCACCAGUGGACAUGCAAUCAUCGCACCUUAUGAUACAGGUACCAAGGUCAAAAACUUGUACUACCCCUAUGACGAAAGAACGCUAGAGCCUUCUACGGAGAAACUAGGCUUCAAUGGAUCUACCGAGUAUAAUGGCUGUCUCCCUUGGCUUAACGUGACGAAGUAUGGCUACGCGGCGUUCGUCCCCAAGGAUGUAUGGGAGGAGCCUUCUCCUUUCUUGACCAAGAUUAUACUCAACGACACUUUUAUCGGCCAUGACUCGCGAAUCUUGGUGAGCAACGAGGAUAAGGAGACAUUGGCCUUGGAACUUCGAUUUUCCAGAGAGAUGGACUGUGAUUCGGUUCGCCAGUCAAUCAAUAUCACGUCCACCACAGGUGAUGGUUCAGUCGCGGUCGUCGAUACUGACAGUGUCGACUGUUUGACCACCGAGCUUCUGGAUGAACCCCUGUUCUAUGGUGCUGCCCCAUCCAUCUGGAGAUUCCGCACAAACAUCACGAAUGUUGCCAAUGGUAUUCACACGAUCACUGUCAACAAUGCCACCUCUGCCAGCAAAACUGACUUCACUGGCUCAAAGGAUAAUUUGAUGUUCCGAGUUGGUCAGAUCGACAACCCCAUGGUCUUUCCUUUCAAGGCAAACUAUAGCUCGACACUUCUGUUCAGCAGCAAUGGUUUGACUAAGCGGGCAUCGGAGAUAUCUGGCACCAAAGAAGAUGCUUUCUAUGUCCAGCACAGAGCUCCUGGUGCUGAUAAGUGGAGAUAUUCUUUGACUUGGGGCGCAGAGUGGUCCGACUGGAUGGCCUACGAGGGCGGCAAUAGUACUCUGGAUAAGCAAAUCUGGGCAGGAUCCAAGAGACAAAAGUGGACCGGUGACCAUGUCAAGGUCCAAUACUGGUCCAAGGCAGCAGGUAGCAGUGACCAUCUCCAAGAAGGUGAUGUCUACGGAUCCGCAGAGCACGUGCGUCGCUUCCCUCACUUCUUCGUUCACGGCUCGUUCAAUGAGUAUGGCUACGACUCAGGCUUGGACAAUAAAAUGACGCUCGUCGGCAACAGCACCUGGGAGUAUGACUUUAUAACCGAAUGGCCGUCACAAUUUCAACUCAACGUCUGGGGCAUGGCUGACGACGGAACCCCCGAUGUGUCUGCUGCCUUUGGUGACAUCGACAACGACACCGUUCUAGAUCGCAUCGGCCCGACAUCCCUUGAGAUGUCGGUUGUCAACAUCACUAACAAUGGUCCUGAGUCACCGUUCCUUGCAUGGCGCAUUCACUUCAGUGACGCUUCCUUCCGCUACGUUCUUAUCCCCGUUGGAAACCGUUGGAGGCAACUGGCCAUGUUCAUCUUGUUCGCAGUCAUUCCUCCCUUGACCGGUCUCCUUAGUAUCUACUUCUACAAGAAAGCCUUCUACGGAGUCAAGUUCAACCAGAUAGGCCUAGCAGACCCAAAGUCCUUCAUACCUUUGGCUAUAAGGAGCAAGUUCAGGAAAGGAGAAGUAUUCAACGAGAAAGACAUAGCCCUUUCCUCUAGCUCCGAGACUGUCGGUGGCAAUGUUGUUGUGGAUAGCGGUGGUAUCAUAACAGCUGGAGCCAUGAUUAAGCGCAGGACCGUCCUUAUCGGUACAAUGGAAUACGACAUCUCGGACUGGAACAUCAAAAUCAAGAUUGGUGGACUGGGUGUGAUGGCUCAGCUUAUGGGCAAGAAUCUACAGCAUCAAGACCUCAUUUGGGUUGUCCCCUGUGUCGGUGGAAUUGAUUACCCUAUCGAUACUCCUGGUGAGCCAGUCGACGUCACUAUUCUUGGUAAGGUCUAUGAGGUCCAAGUUCAGUACCACAAGCUUGAGAACAUCACCUACAUGCUACUAGAUGCUCCUGUGUUCAGAAAGCAGUCUGCUAAGGAGCCCUACCCUGCUCGUAUGGAUGAUCUCGACUCUGCCAUUUAUUACUCUGCAUGGAAUCAGUGCAUUGCUGAGGCAUGCCGCCGCUUCCCCAUCGAUCUCUACCAUAUCAACGACUAUCACGGAACCAUCGCCCCGCUAUACCUUUUACCUCAAACCAUUCCUGUCUGCUUAUCUCUUCAUAACGCAGAGUUCCAAGGUUUGUGGCCGAUGCGUAAUGCAAAGGAAAGAGCUGAGGUUUGCUCCGUCUACAACCUCUCUGAAUCUGUUGUUGCCAAAUAUGUACAAUUUGGUGAGAUCUUCAACCUUCUGCAUGCCGGCGCCAGUAUUUUGCGAAUUCAUCAAAAGGGCUUUGGCGCUGUCGGUGUCAGUAAAAAGUACGGCAAGCGCUCUUGGGCAAGGUAUCCUAUCUUCUGGGGUUUGAGCAGUAUUGGUGCGUUGCCCAAUCCUGAUCCUUCAGAUGUUGCGGAAUGGGAUAAAAAGCUUUCAAAUCCGAACGAUGCUGUCAUCGACGAGGUCUACGAGUCCUCCAGAGCAGGUCUCAGACGUCAAGCUCAAGAAUGGGCUGGUCUCGAGGUUAAGCCUGAUGCUGACCUUUUCGUCUUCGUUGGUCGUUGGUCGAUGCAAAAAGGAAUUGAUCUGAUCGCAGAUGUGUUUCCUUCUCUACUUGAAGAGAACCCGAACGUCCAGCUUCUUUGUGUCGGACCUUGUAUCGAUCUUUACGGCAAGUUUGCAGCCCUGAAGCUGGAGAUCAUGAUGAAGAAGUAUCCUGGCAGAGUUUACUCGAAGCCUGAGUUUACCGCACUCCCGCCUUUCAUCUUCUCUGGAGCCGAGUUUGCCCUCAUCCCCAGCAGAGACGAGCCUUUCGGUUUAGUCGCUGUCGAGUUUGGUCGCAAGGGUGCUCUCGGUGUUGGUUCUCGUGUCGGAGGUCUGGGUCAGAUGCCUGGUUGGUGGUACACCAUCGAGUCCCUGACCACUAAACAUCAAAUGCACCAGUUCAAGAUGGCCAUUGACGGCGCACUGAAGUCCAGUUACGAGACAAGGGCAUUGAUGAGAGCGAGAUCGGCCAAGCAGCGCUUCCCUGUUGCACAGUGGAAAGAAGACCUUGAGAUCUUACAGACAAAGUCAAUCAAGAUCCACAACAAGCGUAUUGAGAGAAAACAACGUAACGGUGGUAUGUCCGGCGCCACUACCCCUUGGGGCAGUGGUUACAACACACCCAACAUGCCUGGUUGGAUGACCCCCAGUGGCUGGACCACUCCUGGUGCUGGCACACCCUGGGGUAGAGGCACGCCCAACCCAACCAGGCCCUCAUCUCCCACCCAGGAGAACACUGCGGACUCCUCGCCCACAGAGUCUCGUAACAACUCACUUUCCCUUGGUACGCGUGCUGGACCAGGUCAUGUUCAACGGGCUCGCAGCUUCUCUGGCUCCCGUCCCACGCUAUCGCGACGUAACUCCACCGAGGCAACGCAAAGCCGCAACCGUUUAUCGAAAAUCGAGGACGAGGAGGUUGGCAUCUCAAGCGAAGACGCACAACAGGCCAGGGAACAAGCACAAGAAGAGGCACGUUCAGGCUUCCCCUUCUUAAAUCAAGAUCCAUUCGGUGCCAACAGCCCCUACACGUUCUCCCCUGCUGGUACCCCUGGCAUCGCUAGUCCAUCUGCCUCUUCGCCAUUCUUACCUUUCCCUCCUUCUCUGGGUAGAUCAGCCAACGCCGAAUCGUCCUUGACUGUUGACCGAGUCAUCGAGCAAAAGGAAGACAAAACACCUCAGGAUCUACUACCAUUCUUCACGGACUCUACUGGCCUGUACUACCGUACUUUCGAGCGCAAACUCGAAGAACUCAAUGGCAAGAACUCUGAAUCGGCCUUGUGUAUCGAAGACUACCUCGAAAAGUCGGAAAAGCAGUGGUUCAACCGUAUGCACGAUGUAAAGAUGGCCAAAGAAACUCCUGCUGCUACUCGUGCCAACUCCCCUACCGGUGGAUUCAUCAACACCAACAUGGACCCUGAAAAGGAGACCGCUGACCAGUUUCUACUACCUCGAGACUAUCAAGCUCCUACAGGCGUUUGUCGUCUGAUGAUGUACAAGGUUGGUGAUUGGCCCAUGUACUCACUCUUCCUUGCACUUGGUCAGAUUAUUGCUGCCAACAGCUACCAGAUCACACUACUUACUGGAGAGAUCGGUGAGGCUGCAAGCAAGCUGUACAUUGUCGCAUGUAUCUACCUUGCUGCUUCGCUGAUGUGGUGGUUCGCAUUCCGUCGUUUUGCCUUGAUCUACACCAUGGCGCUGCCCUGGUUCUUCUACGGAUUCGCUUUCUUCUUGCUUGGUAUGGCUCCAUAUGCAGCGACAACUUCUGGUCGUGGCUGGAUCCAGAACGUCGCCACUGGCUUCUACUCCUUCGCUAGUGCUGCCGGAUCGUUUUUCUUCGCUCAGAACUUUGGUAGCACUGGAUCGGCACCUAUCAAGACAUGGGGCUUCCGUGCUUGCAUGAUCCAAGGCACUCAGCAGCUCUACAUUGUCGGGCUCUGGUACUGGGGUGAUAAGCUAUCUGCCCUCAGCGAUAGUGGUAAGGGCGCAUCUACUUUGGUGACUUAUGGCUCCACCAUGACAGCCAUUGGUGUGCCGAUCGCUAUAUUCCUCUGGGCUAUAGGUAUCCUUCUAUGGCUAGGCUUGCCUGCGUUCUAUCGUCAAGCACCUGGAGCAGUACCCUCCUUCUAUAAUGCCGUGAGGAGACGUAAGAUCAUCGUCUGGUUCUUCGUGGCAGUCUUUGUACAGAACUACUUCCUCGCUUCCAUCUAUGGUCGCAAUUGGAAGUACUUGUGGAGCUCUAAGCAUGCACCUGCCUGGUCGAUCUUCCUUCUCAUCGUACUUUUCUUCGUCAUCAUUUGGGCUCUGGCGCUAUGGUGGUUCUCGCAUCUUAGCACUACCCAUUCGUGGUUCAUCCCUAUUUUUGCCAUUGGCUUAGGCGCACCUAGAUGGUGCCAGAUCCUCUGGAGUUGCAGCAAUAUCGGCAUGUAUUUGCCAUGGGCUGGUAGCCCAGUAGCCUCGGCGCUUCUAGGACGUGGUCUAUGGCUAUGGCUUGGUGUGCUAGACUCGGUUCAGGGCAUAGGCUUCGGUAUGAUCCUGUUGCAGACAUUGACUCGCUUCCACAUCACCUUCACUCUCGUGGCCGCCCAAGUCAUCGGCUCCGUUGCUACAAUCCUAUCGCGUGCCACCGCGCCCGAUGCUACAGGACCCGGAGACGUCUUCCCUGAUUUCUCAGUGAAAUGGAAGGACGGCCUCACAAGCGCAGACUUCUGGAUAUGUCUACUUCUCCAACUCGGCAUCUGUGUCGGUUUCUUCACCUUUUUCCGCAAGGAACAGCUUUCGAAGCCUUAG